AUGAAAACUCCGAGGGAAGAUGACAACAGAGAACCGGUACCUCUAGAUAUGGUGAUUGAGAUACUCACGAAACUGCCGGCAAAAUCUCUUUUCAGAUUCAGAUGUGUCUCGAAGCAAUGGUGUUCCAUCAUACGAAGCCGACCAUUCAUAGACUCGUUCAUGUCUCUCUCUCUGUCUCGACCACGUAUCCUCCUCCUCGGCUACGAUACUUAUCGCGGUUAUGCUGAGCGAUUGGUUUUUAUCUCAUUGCCUCUUCAUGCUCAAGAUUCAAACCAUUUAUCAGUAGUAUCCAAAUACGAUGUGCCAUUCAGCGAACACUAUGGUUUUUGCAAUUCUGUCCGUGGCAUCUUCUGCGUUUCUCUCGGGAAUCAUUCUCUGAUAUGUAAUCCAACAACAAAACAAGUCAUAACCAUACCUAAUGACCUAACCGGUUUUGAUCAUAUGCAUAACAUUUGUGUUAUGUUCUUGGGAUACGACACAAGCAAUGAUCAGUACAAGAUUAUGCGAACGAUUAGGUGGGUGGCGCAAGAUAAAUCUCAUGAACAUAGUGUGUGUACGUUGAGACUAGGUGAACAAUCUUCUUUUUCAUCCUGGAGGCGCGUCGAAAGUGGUAACGCCGAUUAUUUUAUCAAGACUAAUGCAUUAUGCAUCAGUGAAGUUGUGUAUUAUGGAGCUCAGAAAAAACGAUCAUACAGCUUGGUGAUUGUGAGUUUUGAUGUUGCCUCUGAACGGUUACUUCUCAUGGAAGCACCUGAAGAGAAUAAUUUAGUUGGUAUGGUAAACUACCAAGGAAAAUUAGCCUGCAUUUUCAUAUCCAAUGAUGACGGUUCUAGUUUGUGGAUUCUUGAUGAUGCUAAGAAGCAGAUUUGGUCGAAGGCUGGUGUUUUUUCGUCUUCUUUUUAUGAUUUAUACCGGAAUCUCAAUCUAAUAAUCUGCGGCGCCACCAACAUGGGUGAGAUCAUUUUUGUAUCGAAGUUAAUAGAUGGCGCCUUGGAGCUUUACUAUUAUGAUUUAAAGAAGAACAAUGUGAGUAAAAGAGUUAGAACUGGAGAUAUCGCCGAGGAUGAACUUCGUCGCAUCCUUAUGCAUAUAUAUAGUCCCUAUGGUGGCCAUGUGGAGAAUCUUAUUUCUUUAUAG